AUGAAGUAUUUAGAAAAUGCAAAUUUGGACCGAAUUUGUUCGGUUCUAUCCAGUAAUGCGAUCGAUUGUCAACUCGAUAUGAGGUUGGAAGCAUAUUCAUGUAAAAUGGUAUCAUCUGAGAAGAAGCAGUGGAAAAAGAAUCAAUUAACAAAGGGAAGUCCUUUUGUAAGUAAUCAUGGGUCAUCCCGUUACAGACACCUCUCUGAGCCAAGUUGUUCUGGCUCAGACAAUGAUAACGAUGAGGUAGAUGAUUUAUUUAUUUAUCAUUUCUUGUCAAUUACGCGGACAUUAUUCGAUCUGAUCGGUGUUUUGAAUACGUCAUUCCCGGAUUAUGAUUUUUCACAUAUCAAAAGUGAAUCGUUUUCACUUAUUCCGAAUAUUGAGUCAUUAGUUGGAUUGGUCGAUUUGAAACUUUCGGCGACUGUUUCGAAUUACUAUGACAUAAAGGAGGCACUUUGGCGAGAAAUUGACGAAAUUAUAAAAAUCAAUGAAUGCAGACUUUACAGGUAUUUAUUUUGA